AUGGCGACCAAGUACAGCUUCCUGGGCUCAGAGGCGGGCCAAUUCGCCCAGUCACCCAUAUCUCCUUGCCGUCGUCAUGGCAGACUUGUAUUGGGAACACUUCUGCUGGUGGCAGGUCUUGUCACGCUGAUUCAAAUGAAAUACCUCAACAAUGCCACUGUGACGAGUGGAGUAGAUGAAGAAUUUUUCGUGGAAGGCUUGAGCAAAUGCCAUGAGAUCCAUCAUAGAGAUCAGAAACAUCAGCCAACGAGUGACCGGCGAAAUCCACGAUGGAAUCCCACCUCCGGUCAGUCUGGAACGAUCCUGAUUCGAAACUCAACACUCUUCGAUGGAGGCUCAGUACUGAAGGAAUCGGUUGAUAUCACAUUUGAGGCAGGGAUUGUUCGUUCCGUGUCGGCUUCAACUUCAACCCAUCAGAGUGGUGAUGGGAUUCAAAUAAUUGAUGCUCAUGGAAGAUAUGUCACGCCCGGGCUAGUUGAUAUGCAUUCCCAUCAUUUGUUGGCCCCGUUCCCUUCCCUCCCUUCUACCAGCGACGUGAACGAGCGCCCAGGCCUAGGACCCCUGACUCCUUUCGUUAGAUCACUGGACGGAUUCAAGCCGUAUGAUCCAGCCAUAGAGCUCAUCGCAUCGGGUGGUGUGACUUCAUCACUGGUUCUACCAGGUUCAGCCAACAUCAUUGGCGGUGAAGCAUAUCUGGUGAAGAACUUGCCAAAGCCAGGCCCAAAUGCGGAGCCAGUAGUCGAUGAGCUACUGCUUGAUGAUGGUAUUCCAGAGAAGAGUCGCAAGAGGUAUCUCAAGAUGGCAUGCGGAGAGAACCCCAAGGGCAUCUACAAGAACACCCGGCUUGGUCUAGUGUGGCUGUUGCGCAAACAUCUGGAUGAAGCCCGGGAUUUGCACCGACGCCAGUCUUCCUGGUGUAAGACGGCGGCUAGUAUUAGGGAUGCUAGCUUCUCCCAGUCUCGGCUAAUCUCAGAAUUCAUCAAAGGCCAAGGUGAACUACCGCAGGCUUUGGAACUUGAGACUUCUCUGGCACUGCUCCGUGGGGAGCUAAAUGUCAAUGUACACUGCUACGAGCCGGAAGACUUCGAGCGCAUGGUUUCUGUGCUUCAUGAGUUUGGAAUUCAUCCUAAUGCUUUCCACCAUGCGCUGGAGGCGUGGGAACUACCCGAAUGGCUAAAGUCUCAAGUGGAAAACAUCACUAUCGCCACUUUUGCCGAGAAUAGCUUUUACAAGGCCGAAGCUUACGGUGCCAAUUUGCGUGGGCCUAAGAUCCUGUCUGACCAUGGUGUCCAGGUAGCAUUGAAAUCGGACCAUGGAGGAGAGGAAAAUUACGCAAAAUAUCUUGUUAACCAAGCAGCGGUUUCUCAUUCAUUUGGUCUGUCUGAAGAGAAAGCUCUUCAGGCCGUGACAUCUGUUCCUGCCAGAUCUAUUCAACAAGACCAUAGAAUUGGAUAUGUCCGUUCAGGAUAUGACGCAGAUCUCGUUAUCUGGGAUGAUCAUCCGCUUCAAGUCGGUGCCACACCGAUUCAAGUAUUCAUUGAUGGCCGGCCUCUUCUGAAGAGCACUGGGGCCCGCAACUUGACCGCGGAUUCUUUUGCGCCUGGAAAGCCGACCGCUCCGCAACCCCGUCCUUCGCUUGCGGCAAUCCAGAAAGAAGAUGUUUGUGCUAAAAUCCAACGCCCUGGAUCGCGCAUUCUCUUUACUGGAAUCCAGAAGGUCUUGAUUGAUACUUCUCAUUCAGCUACUGAUGCUGCCAAAGACCUUGCCAUGCUGAUCGAGAACGGCAAAGUCAAGUGCCUUGAUGAGAGGUCCGCAUGCAUCUCCGGCGAGGCUCAGGAGAUCACCGCGCAUGUUAAUUUGCAGAAUGGUCAUGUUCUGCCUGGUCUUGUGGCCUUCGGUAAUAAUCUCGGAAUUCAAUCCAUUUCGUCCGAGACCUCUACCGGUGAUGGCCCAGGAGCGAAGGAUGGAGACGCUCUAAACGAAAAGAAGACACUCCACUUCGCUAAAUACGGUGUGCAUCUUCAUGAUAGAGCCCUCGCGAGGGCAAGGAUUGGAGGUGUCACACGAGCUAUUACUGCCCCGUUUCACGGAGGUGGUAUCACCCAGGGUGUCAGUGUUGGGUUGCGUACAAGCAUCAAUGCCACAAUUCUGGAUAACGGUAUCUGGCAGGACAAUGUGGCUCUACACCUUGUUAUUGGUCAAGGUGCCAGAAGCGCCGAAACACCAUCUGUCUCCUCUGGGAUCGAGAGACUCCGCCAACUGCUUCAGGCGGGUGGAGAUGCCGCGCAUGAGAACUUUGGAAUUUAUGCUCAGGCUGCAAAUGGCUCACUUCCUGUUGUUGUGAAAGUUUUGAAUGAGGACGAUAUUGCACAAUUGAUUCUGGUCAAACGCGAGUUCCGAUCAGUCAACUUGAUCAUACACGGCGGUCACGGUGCUCCAUUGGUUGCCAAAUCCCUUGCCGAGGAAGGAAUCCCCGUCAUCCUCACCGGUAACCGCGGUGCGCCUGAUAGUUGGGAGAAAAGGAAUGCACUUUCCGGUCCCCCAUUGACCGAAAGCCCGGCCAAAGUCCUAUCCGAUGCGGGUGUUCUACUUGGCCUAGCUUUGAAUAGCGAUUCGAAGAUCCAUGGCCUAGCACAAGAAGCUUGGUGGGCUGGCAAGUACGCUGGUCUCACUGAUCGGCAAGCAAUUGCCCUUGUUUCGACUAAUAUCGAUAGUAUUCUUGGAGGUUCGUCAAAGAAGAGCGUCCGCGAGGACAGCUCGGUCCAGGAUUUUGUUGUCUGGGAAGGCAAUCCUUUGAGAGGAGAGGGAUCUGUUGUUGCUUCUUUCCAGGGCGACGGAAAGGUCUCAGACUGCUGGCCUGAUACAGUCAAUUCUGUUCUGUGA